AUGAAAUGAUGUAUGACAGAUUGAAACGGCCAAACAAAUUACGUAAGGGGGUUUCAGUUUAAAAAAUGAUUCCAACAAGAAGGAUAACAGGAAAUAGAGGGGAGUUUCCAAUUUGAAAUUUUGAUCUGAAGGAUUUACGAUGAUGAUGGUUUUAUGAUACUAAGUGAACGGACCGUUUACUGUGAUCGUGCAUCUAAAACUAAUUCAAAUUUCUGAAAAUGAAUUUCAUAGAAGUCGGUUUACCACACACUGAAUUUGUUCCUACCAAAAAAGAGUUUUCCCCGAGGCGCCCGAUCCCGAUGUCAGGGCUGAGUAAGCGAUACAUGGGUCUGGAAACUCUCUCCAAGUCGGAGCUAGGAUCACUGAUCGACCGACUCUCCCAGCCGAAGACCACACCCACCGGGCAAGAAUCCGUAGAAGACACGAAUACCGAGGCGAAAGAUGGCCCAAAAAAGCGAAAAAGCGGGAGGUUCUUAGGAAGUAAGAAAAUGAAGAAGUCGGAUUUAGACAACAUGAUUGCCCGGUUGGCCGGUUCAAGUCAAAAUAAAACACCGGAUGCUAGGCGGAUCCAGGGCACAGAGGAGCGGAUCAAACGGGGCGUGACUGCUAGUUACGCUUGGCAGGGCAAGAGUGUCCUACAGAGAAACCUGACUUUACCCGUGGCCAACCAUCAUGCACAGUACAAGACAUUGCUAAACAGGCAUUCCUUUCCGGACUGGCAUGAGGAUCGAUUACAGAGAUUUACCUGACAACUUACAUGUUUCACCUGUUCAUCUUUUUUGGUUACGUUAAUAUUUAACGUUGUAUCACAUAUUUACGAAUUGUGCUGUUGACGUCGACUCAUUUUUCUCGCUGUAUAAUUUUGACAAUAUUUUAUAGGAAAAUCAAACUCUAUUGGAAAAAAUUGAUAUAUUUAUUCACUUAUCCACCGUCGCUUUUCAUUAGUAAAUAAUUCAAAAUGUUGAACGACAUGAAUUUGUUUCUGUCAUUGCAAUUUUUGUUUAUUAUUUCUUUUCGAACUUGGUUCUCAGUUUCAACUCUAUCGCAUUCAAAGAUAAUUAUGUGUUGAAGUGGCAUUAUGCAAAACGAUAUGUAAAUGUAUUACAUGUUUAAAGUAUGUGUAGGUUUUCAGGAACUUAAAUAAAAGUCAGUAAUAGACCCUAUAAUCAUGAUCUGCUAUAUAUACAUAUUAGAGUUUUUCCUUAAUCACAAGUUACUCACUUCAUAAAAAAAGAAUUAAUGGCAAUUAAUUCAAUUUGUUUUAAUUAAAUGGUAAAGGAAAGUCAGAAAAUAUCAGAUGUAAAUUUGUGUGGCAUUAAGAAGCUAAUCAAAUAAAAUCUAGAACAAAAAUGACGUAUAAGUUUUAGAAAAAAAUUAGUUUCCUGUUCGUAAAAGUACUUAGAAAUAAUAUUUCUAAUGUAAAUUUUACAUAAAGUAUUUUCUUUAUGGGGAUUUUUUAUUACACUAUAUACUGUAUACGUAAAUUUUAGUUAGUUUCUUUAUAUCAUAUAAAUUCAUCAUAAAUUUGUUUCGUGUAUAUUGUAAUGGUAUAACGAUCUUGUUUGUCAAUAUUCUUACAUGUGAAAUGAAUUGCAUUAUUUACAAUAUCCUGAUGCUGUCAAUAAUAGAAUUGUAAUGUUUCAGAUAUUGGUUAUCAUUCGAAUGAAAGAUUCAUUUACAUGAAUAUAUAAAAUGUUUAG